AUGACGACCUUCGACUUUGAGGAACGCAGCGCAUCUGCGAAUCCCUGGGAUGUCUACGCCCAAGCUCGGGAAAAGGUUGAUUUUGAGGCGGAGGAGGACAAGAAGUACAUGGUGGACCAGGAUGGCAUCAUCCGGUCUGUCAAAAACUUGAAAAGUCUCAAAAACGUGCGGUGGGUCAUCCUUUCCCUUGGCGGCAAUGAUGUGUACCUCAACUCCGGGGUCAAGACGAGGUUGAUCAACUCCCUCGUCCCGGGGUCCGAGGGCGUGCGGAAGGAGGUGGCCAAAGAGUUCGGCGCGCGCCUGAAAAAGGUGGCAGAGCAAGUUCAAAAGGCAGCGCCCGACGCCACGCUCAUCCUUGUGGUGCCGUACCAGCCACACGAGGAGUUUUCAUUGCUGGCGGGUGCGCCGAUCAACGACGAGGGGGCACGUAUCUACGGGGACUUCUUGGGGGAUGGCGCCCGUGGCCUCGAGAGGCAGCUCCUCCCCGACCUGGUCACGCCCAUGGUGACGGAGAUCCUGACACUGGCCCAGGAUUUGGAUUGUCCGGUCAUUGACCUGUCCCAGACCUUUGAUUCCAGCAUGGAAGAGCACUACGGCACUGGGGAGAUUGGUCGCGUCAACAGCCUUGGCACGCCCUGGAGUGGGGCCGAGCCCAGCGACGUCUCCAGCAAUUUCAUCGCACAGCUUAUCGCCAAUGCCAUU